UCUGAGUGCUUAAAAGAAAAAUGGCUCUUAAGAAACUGUGGGCGAUACCAAAGGACGGUUACUUAUUACUUCUUGACUAUGAUGAUGAAGACGAUGACAUAAAUUUUUUGGAGGACGCUCAUUCUGAAGAAAACGUAAGUUUCUCAGAGGAAUGGCAGCGUUUUGCAAGUUCUGUAGAGACACCAAUAGAAAACAGGAAUUUGUUAAGUGGUGAACAGCAAGAUGGGAAUGCUUCAAAAUUGGAUCUUAUGGAAGAACAGAAUCCAGUAACUCAUGAUGAUGAGAAUGAAAUUCCUGAAGAAAUCGUUGGAGAUACACGGGAGAUGAUCAAAAGCAAAUCGUGUGAGCAGUAUAAAACUACAUUUCAGAAGUUUGAUAUGGAUGUCCUGAAAUUCAAUGAAGAACAAGAAAAAUCCGUGGGUUUGAUGAACUUGGAGACCAACAACUACAAUAUGCAUUUUGAUGUAGAUGGUGAAUUGAGAAAAUGAAUGUCUGUGUUUAAAAGAGACAUCAUUAAGCAUACUCUGAAGUACUCUUCUACAUUCCCAUCUUCAGACUAAUGAAGCAUGCA